AUGCCAAUAUCAAAUAAAUCUAGUGAAGCUCGUAUGACUAAAACAACAAUUCGUCUAGAUCCAACAGAAGUUCAAAGACAACAACAAGCUCAAAAUAUACAACGUACAACAAUUAUAUCGAAUAAUAAUGAUCAAUCUCAAAUUGUUAACAAUCAAUUACAAUCAACUGAAUCUUAUCCAUAUAAAACUAAAAUAUUUACUAAUAAAGAAACAUCUAAAAUAUCUAAUACAUAUUCAACUGUUGGAAGUCCUUCAUUAGAUCGUGAUCCUUCAUCAUCAAUCAUUACUCGUGGUAGUCCACGUUUAUUUCGUGUUAAACGAGUUUCUCGUGUUCCACAAACUUCACCCGUACCUGAAAAGUUUCUUGAAAAAGGAGUAACAACAAAAAGUGUUAUUAUUAAAGAUACAAUGAGUCGUGGAACAACACCUCCACCAAUUUCUUUUUUCGAUACUUUUCCUAAAAAUCAAACUAUAUAUUAUCCAACAUCAUAUGACAUAAGAGAUCAACAAGCUGUCUCGACUGUUCGUUAUCAAACACCAUCUCCAUUAAUUCAUCCUACAACAACAAUAUCAGAAACUAUUGUUCAACAACAACCUCAAACAAAUACUUCAACAACAACAACAAAAACAUCUACUAGAAUUUUAGAUGCAAAAACUUUACCAACACUUGAUGGUGAUGAUUCUUUUAUUGAAGAAACAAAAACAACAACAACAAUUAUUAGACCUAUAGAAAUUCCAAUCGUACCAGCAGUAGUUACAUCAUCAAUUACAACUAUACCUCAAGUAGAAACAACAACAACAGCCGUUGUACCAGCUAUUGGAACAACAACAGCAAUUGUACCAGCUGUUGAAACAACAACAAUUCGUGAAAGACCAUCAUAUCGUAUAAAUCGACGUCGACAUCGACCUAUCCGAACAAAUUCAACAUAUUCAACUUAUACAACUAGUUCAACAGGUUCAUAUACAACAAGUUCUUAUACAACAAAUUCAACAAUUACACCUCGACCUCAUAUUAUUAAACAACAUACUAUUUUACCACCACGACCACCAAUUCAAACAACAAUUAUUAAUGAUCCACCAACAACAAUUGUACCUGAACGUCGUUUUAUUCAUCAUGCUCGUCGUACACGUACUUAUAGUGGUUAUUAUUCAUCGGAUCUUGAUUUUGGAAAACGAAAAAUUUAUAAAUCAGAUUAUAAAUAUCGUCAUUAUUAUUAUUGUAAUUGGUGUAAAGGACGUUGUGAUUUACCAAAUAGUUCAUGUAGUUGUUGUGAAUGGUUUUAUGGUUGUCCAUUAUGGGCAUUAAUAUUACUUGGAUUAUUAUUUCUUGCAUUAAUUAUAACAUUUUUUACUUUACUUGGUUUACAACCAACAAUAAAUUCAGCACGUCGAAGUCAAACAGCUGAAACACAAGUAUUAAAUCGUACAAAUAUAAUUUAUGGUUAUUUAAGAAAUUGUGGUUUUCAAACAAAUAUUCCGACAACAUUAGUUUUAUGUUCAAAUACUGGAACAACAUCAACAUCACGUGUUGAAUUAUCAUCAUAUUAUAUAACAUCGAAAAAUAUAAAAAAUUCAUUUUCGAAUAAAUAUUUAAUUUUAAUGUCUACUACAAAACAAAUUGGUCUUGUUGACCUUAAUGAUAAUGAUGUUGGACAAGAAUUAAUAUUAAUUAUUAUUAUUACUAGUACAUUUUUAUUAGUAUUUUUUUUCCUAUGUGUAAUUAUUAUAUAUUAUUAUUUAAGUAACAAUACUGGAAAUAAAGAAUUAUUUAGAUUAGAACUUGAUAAUCAACGUCAUAUUAAUAGAAAGAUAUCACAUCUGUCAACAUUACUUCAUAAUAUAAGAGAAAAACUUGAUGAACCAUUUAAUUUAAAUAAUUAA